AUGCUUACCCCUGUUAUUUUUUGGGCUAAGGCUCUCAUGCAGCAUAUAUGGUCACUAGGCCUAGAUUGGGAUAAUACUCUUCCUAGUGAUAUUAUCGACAGAUGGUCAACUUUUGUCAACGAACUUCCUGAGAUUGAAAAUUUGGAGAUUGGCAGGUACAUAUCUCUGAGUGAUGCGGUUAAUAUUCAGUUGCAUGGAUUUUCAGAUGCAAGUGAACUCGGUUUUGCUGGAUGUGUUUAUCUACGAACUGAGAACCCGCAAGGCAGUAUAUAUGUCAACUUAUUAAUAGCCAAGUCACGUGUGGCACCCCUGAAACGUAUCACGAUUCCUCGCCUUGAACUGUGCGGAGCACAUAUUUUAGCCAAACUGUUACACUACUGUGUUGAUCAACUCUCAGAUCGCUACAAGAUAGAUUCUGUUACCGCUUGGAGUGACUCCACUGUGGCUCUUUCAUGGAUUCACACCCCUUCUCAUCGUUUGAAGUUAUAUGUUGCAAAUCGUGUUGCACAGAUUCAAGAAUUGACCCCUUCCUGCAUAUGGAAACACAUUUCUACUCUUGAAAACCCCGCUGAUGUUGCCUCUAGAGGAUUAACCCCAUCUCUUCUUAUUCAUAACAAGCUCUGGUGGUCUGGACCCACAUGGCUUAAGAGUUCAUCUGAUUCAUGGCCUCAACCAUCGAGUCAUCUUCCCGAAGAGGAACUCCCAGAAAUUAAAACCACAACACUAAAUCUUCUUACGAUAGCUGAAGAUCAAGAUCUGAAGUUUAUCAAUAAAUUCUCUUCAUGGACUAAACUACUUCAUGUCAUGGGCUACGUUUUACGUUUUAUUUCCUGCUUGAAAACUAAGCAAAGGAUUACUCAUUCUCUCACACUUGAAGAGUUAGAAGUAUCGAACAAACGGAUUUGUUGGCUUGUUCAAAGAGAGAGUUUCUCUGAGGAUAUUAAUUCCCUGUCAAAGAAGAAUGUGUGUUCUUCUCGCAUUCAACGCCUUUCACCGUUUAUGGAUGAUGAAGGUUUGUUAAGAGUUGGAGGACGACUGAAACAUUCUGAGUUGCCGUACAGCGCCAAGCAUCAAAUUAUCUUACCAAAGGAUCAUUUUGUUGUAAAUUUGAUAAUUGAUUAUCAUCAUCGCAUCUUUCUUCACUGUGGACCAACACAACUCCAAGCUGUUCUUCGUGAGAAAUAUUGGAUACUUUCUGCUCGUAGUAUCAUACGCUCCAGGAUUUUUAAACGCCUGAGAUGUUUCAGAAUGAAACCUAAGCCAAACACACCAUUGAUGGGAGACUUACCUUCCCCAAGAGUGGUAGCAACCCGACCUUUUAAUGUUACUGGAGUCGACUAUGCCGGACCAUUUACAGUGAAAUUGUAUGUCCUAAAAAGGCUUCAGCCUAUUAAAGUUUAUCUUUGUCUAUUUGUCUGCUUUGCAACGAAAGCCGUACACUUAGAAGUUGUGUCGGAUUUGUCCUCAGAAGCUUAUAUAGCAGCUCUUACACGUUUUAUUUCCAGACGUGGUUCAGUGAAGGAAAUUCAUAGUGAUUGUGGAACCAACUUUGUCGGAGCAGCUGCUGCACUUCACAAAUGUUUUAACAACCUCCUUUGCAAUCCAGUAACUCACCGUUUUGCUGAAGAAAACAACAUUUCUUUCAAAUUUCUGCCUCCACACGCGCCUCAUCAAGGUGGCUUGUGGGAACGAGCUGUUAGGAGUGCUAAGCAUCACCUUCAUAGAGUAAUCGGUGGCCAAAUCCUGACUUAUGAAGAAUUCAUAACUCUCGUGUCACGUGUCGAAGCAAUAUUAAAUUCAAGACCGCUUACCCCUCUCUCUGGAGAUCCGAAUGACUUAGAGUCUCUAACCCCAGGACACUUUUUAACUGGUGGACCUCUGAAAUCCAUGGUUGAACCUCAAUAUGAUGAAACUUCUUGUAACCGCUUGAGGAGAUGGCAAUUAGUUCAGGCAUUCUCUCAACACAUCUGGACUCGAUGGUCCCAAGAGUAUCUGCAUACUCUACAGCAUCACUCUAAGUGGACGAGUAAAACAGAGAACCUCAAGAUUGGUGACCUUGUUGUUAUUCAUGAGCCUAACACUCCUCCCCUACAAUGGAAACUUGCAAGAAUCACCGCAGUAUCUCCAGGAGCAGACGGAAUUGUACGAGUGGUCCAUCUACGCACCGCUACAGGGAAAUUCAGUCGGCCAACCGUCAAAGUUUCCCUUCUUCCUACCAAUUAA